AACGGAAGAACAAUUGGUGAACUCUUCAGUGGCGUUACGUCAGAUGCGCUCGAGCCCAGACGCGCGCGCGCAGCUCUCUCUUGGGCACAUUUUUCUUUGUACUCAGUGAAGAGUUGAGACCAGCUCUGCCUCUGCCGUCUUCUUCUUCUUCUCUUUUUUAUACAUAUACCUAAGCAGAGCUCGCGCGCUGUAAAUAGCCCGGUAAGCCGGUUACACUUUACGCUUUAACGUAGCCGUCGGUCGGUUUUUGUGUCGCGGAGGCGGACAGCUCUGCCCCGGCUCUUCUUGGACGGUUCUGGACAACAAAAGCAUCAGGUCCGGCGGUUUGCCUUUUUUCCCCUCUCUCUCUCAUCAACCGGGAUUGUUUUUUUUGUGAAACGUCUCCCCGUUAACACUUCCACGCCUCCUGGGGAGAAGAAGAAGAAAAACAUUUUUAUUAUAUUUAUCUCAAGCCCGAGCGACAAUGGCAGCUGUAACGAGCCCGGAGACGAGCCCUCAACCCCGGGUAUAUUUCCAGACGCCGGCCGGCACCACGGAGGAGCCGGAGACUCCCGUUCGGAAGCAGGGGCGCGUUACGGUCAAAUACGACCGCAAGGAGCUGCGGAAGAGACUGAACCUGGAGGAGUGGAUUAUCGACCAGCUAACGGACCUGUACGACUGCGAGGAGGAGGCCAUCCCCGAGCUGGAGAUUGACGUGGACGAGCUGCUGGACAUGCCCAGUGAUGUUGAGCGGGGAGCCAGGGUCAAAGAUUUGCUGGUGGACUGCUUUAAACCUACUGAGGACUUCAUCUCAGAGCUGCUGGACAAGAUCCGAGGGAUGCAGAAGCUCUCCACGCCUCAGAAGAAAUGAGGAAACCCUUCCAUACCCGCUCCCCUUCAGCCCUCACCUCCCGUCUUCCUGCCACGCCUCCUUCUUUUUUUUUAAAUUCUUUUCUGCACCAGAUCAUGAGAUAUCACAGUUCUGCUUCUUUUGUUCAUCAUAUUUGGACUUCUUUCAUUCCUAAAAGCAUUUCAAUCCUCCCCUGCACUACCCUCCAUCUGUCUGUAGGGGGAGCCAGCCCCAUCAUUUCAAAGGAAAUUGCCAACAAAGAUGGGGGGAAAAAAUAGAGAUUUUCUCUUCUUCUUUGUUCACUUUGAGGGCAAGUGGAUCAUGCUUUCACUCCGUUUUUGUAUUUUCAUGGUUAAUAUCGACCUUUUAGUCCGUCCUUCUUCUUAAACUGCGGCAUUCGCUGCAGCGGAGCAUCCAUCGACAGACUUCUUCUUUUCCUCUGUGUGUCAUUUGAAAACUGUCCUUUUGGGGAAGAAAAGCCAAACCUUUGACACCACAAAAUAAAUUCUACUGUAUAUUUUUAGCCUGGAAAUAACCAUUUGACCUUUAAACGAUCUGAAAUUAGUUUUUAUUUUGGGCCUUUCAAAAUAAAAGGUUUGGGUUCUUGCCCGAAAUGUGCAGUAAGCCUGCACUCACACAUGUACCGUAUGUCUGUGUUGCUUUUCGUAUAUGUUGCUACUUAAUGUACAGCAACUGUUCUGGUAUGGAGUGUUGUUGGGGCCUGUAUAUUCUGCUGUCGUGUGUGACAAAUUAGUUCUUAGUGUAGGACUGGUUCCUAUUUUCUUAUCUCACACGUGGAUCGUCCAAACGGGGACAAAAGCUGCCUUUCUUCCAUCCCAUCUGAACUCUUUGCUGCUUCCUCACUGCGUCUCAUUUCCUCCACACAAUUAAAAAAAAAUCUGUCUCCUCUUCAGCCACAAAAAAAAAAUUAAAAAAAGAUGGAGUCAUUACUCUGAGUGUCCGCCCACGGAAACGCCAAACAGCUGCCUCCGAAAACACAGAUGCGCGACACCAGCUGCCAAUCAUCGUCCCGUAAGAGGCCAUCUGUGUCUGAUCCUGGGCCAAUCAGAUCAGAUGGGAGUGACUGCGAACACCUGCAGGGACGACGGAGCUUCACUGCCUCUUUUACCACACAAACACACACUGGGGGCCCGCUUCAUCCUGCUGCACCGUCUCCCUGCCAUCCCCUCCUACCUCCGUCCAUACGUCCUCUGUCCUCCCUCAUCUCUCCUGAGUUUCCUGUUUUUAAACAGAUGUUGCCUUAGGUAUUAUUUAUGUUACACAAACCAAAUAAACAGGAGACAUUUUUUUCUUUUUCAUUUUGGUUUUUUUUUAGAUGUGCUACCAGGUGGAGCAACGUCUUACGGAGAAAUGUUUCUUUUUUUUUUAAAAAACAAUAUUUUUUAGGUGUGUUUCAUUUUUGCCGUAGGCCUUGAUGCAGUGAUUCUGUUCAGAUAAACCGUGUGUUUGAAUGCUGGUCUGUUUAUAAACCGUGAUCCUUUUCUUGACGCCAGGCCUUGGACUGAUUCGUUAGCUGAAGAUAAAAUCCAUUCAGAUGCAUUCUUGGUGUGAUUGCUUUUGCCUUCUCAAUGGUGUUUCCAGAUUGAUCGACUGCUGUUUUUUUUUUUUUUUGUUUUUUUAAAGUUUCUUCCCUUUUUGGAUCAAAAUUGCACCAGGCGAGUUCAGUCAGUCAGCAGCUGAAUUUGAGUGGAUUUUCAUUUUUAAAAUACAACUUUUGGAUUAUUAUACCUUCUUAGACUGUUAUUGACAAGUCUUUUUUUUACUGUUUGGGGAAAAAAUAGGAUUAAGAAACUGAUUUUACCAUCAAGGUUAAAUACAAGAGCUAAACCAUGCCGAUUAGAGGUGUUAGGGGUUGUACAGUUUUUAAAAAAAUUAGGCGUACCAACAAACACAUGUAGCAAUAUCAACAACAGGUCUUGUUUUUGCCCAAUUUUGUUACACUUUUAUGCAACUUUAAUAAAAAUAUGUAAAACUGA